AUGCAAGAAUUGUGGAUUCUCAAAAUUGGCUGGGAUGAAUCUAUCCCUCAAGAACUACAUUUGGCUUGGGAAUAUUUUGUUUCUGAUCUCAAAACGUUAAAUUCCCUUGAAAUCCCUCGUUUUUGUCUCGCUGCUGAAUCUCAAUCAGUUCAACUUCAUGGCUUUUGUGACUCAUCAAUUCGCGCUUAUGGAUGCUGUUUCUACUUUCGUGUUAAAACUAAUUCAGGAAAUGUCUCUGUUCGUCUUUUUACUGCCAAAUCUAGAGUUGCCCCGACGAAAAGAAAAUCAUUGCCAAAACUUGAACUAUGUGGCGCACAACUUUUGGCUAAAUUAUACUCUAAAGUCAAAAAUCUUUUCGCAAUACCAAAUCUUGAAGUAUUUCUAUGGACAGAUUCUCAAAUAGUUCUUCACUGGUUAAAGCAACAUUCUUCUACGUUAUCCGUUUUUGUUGGCAACAGAGUAUCGGAAAUUCAGGAUCUAACUACUGGCUGUAUUUGGCGACAUGUUCCAACGCAUUUUAAUCCUGCUGAUAUCGUGUCUCGUGGUUCAACUGUAGAAGAACUCGCUUCAUCUAUCUGGUUCAAUGGACCAGCAUUUCUCACUCUCGGUGCUAGCAAAUGGCCUCCUAAUAAAAUAGAUCAACUAUCCAUAGAAAAUCAACAAGAUAUCGACCGAGAAAAACGCAAAACUGUACUCUCCCUGGAAGCAACAUCUAAUUACAUUCUGGAUUCGCCCCAAGAAUUAGAAAACGCCUUGCUCAGAAUAGUUUUUAAUCUACAGCAACAUCAUUUUCAAGAUGAUAUACAACGAGCUCUGAAGAAAAACGAUCCUCAAGGUGCACUAAAGUGUCUCAAUCCCUUCAUCGAUUCAUCAAAUGGAUUCAACUUGCUCAAAGUCGGUGGUCGCUUGGAAUUCGCAGCAAUUUCUGAAGGUCAAAAGCACCCUAUAAUCUUGCCCAGCAAAAAUCAUUUCGUCGACUGUUACGUGCGUCAUCUACACAUCAGCAACUACCACGCAGGACCCAAGGCUUUAAUGUCGUUAAUCCGCCAGAGAUUUUGGAUCAUCAAUUCAAGAAACCUAUGUCGUCGUAUCGUUAAUUCGUGCCCACAAUGCAUUCGUUAUCGCCCAAGGUUGCUUCAACAAAUGAUGGGCAAUUUGCCCGUAGAACGACUUAACCCUUCAAGGCCCUUCGCCAGAUUCCAUCUAGAAGUUGUAUCAGACUUAUCAACAGAUGCCUUUAUUGCUGCUCUUAAAAGGAUGAUUGGACGAAGAGGUCUACCCACAGAUAUAUUCUGUGACAAUGCCACCAAUUUUGUUGGUGCAAACUCUAAGGCACCACAUUUUGGCGGAUUGUGGGAGGCGGCCGUCAAAUCGGCCAAGGGACACCUAACCAGGACCCUCGAUAACACAAGGCUCACAUAUGAGGAACUUGCAACUGCAAUGAUUGAUAUAGAAGCAAUUCUAAAUUCGAGGCCCAUUUCGCCCCUAUCAUCCGAUCCCAGUGACUUUGAAGCCCUUACACCAGGCCAUUUCCUGAUAGGCGCUCCCUUACGCAGUUUGCCAGAACGUGAUGUCCCUCCAAUUGAAAUCAAUAAACUUGAGUAUUGGGCCCGAAUAAGCGCCAUAAAACAACAAUUUUGGAAGAAGUGGUCCCACGACUACAUAAACGAGCUCCAGACCCGCAAUAAAUGGACUAGCACCAACUCAAAUAUUUGUACUGGCUCCCUAGUAAUCAUUAAAGAAGAUAAUUUACCACCGCAGCGUUGGCUCAUGGGUAAAAUCAUCAAUAUUGUUCGUGGUAGAGAUGAUCGAGUUAGAGUUGUCGACAUCAAAACAACAAAGGGAAUUAUACGUCGCCCUAUCCACAGACUGGCUUUACUAUUUUCUUGA